UUUGAUAUGAUUUGGCUGAGUGAGACCGCAAAAUACAGCACAGCAAAGAGGAUUGAGAUUUGAAGGAGAAGAAGACGUACACACAGCACACCUAUACGCCGAAGAAAUCAAUGCAGUAGGCUCUCGCUGUUGCGAUCCAGCUGCUACGGAUUCUGCGGUUUAGUUGCAGCUUGGGCGUCAUCAUUUUCUUUGCGAACCAGGCGACUUUAACCUUGAAAAUCUGAUAUUCUCUCCUCUGAGCUAUACAUCUUGGUCCUGGCGACAAUGUCAGGCCAGGAUGGAUUCGAUAGUUAUGACGAAACAAGGGAGAGCAAAUCAGACUGUGAGAACUCAGAUGAUGAGAGGAGGAAAUCAAGAAUUGGGGCUUUCAGGAAAAGGGCUAUAAAUGCUUCAAACAAGUUCACUCAUUCUCUCAAGAAAAGAGGUAAAAGGAAAGUUCACUUUGGCCUGCCUUCCAUUUCCAUUGAGGAUGUACGCGAUGCAACAGAGGAGAGUGCCGUCUGUGACUUGCGUCAAAAACUUAUCGAUAUGGAAUUGCUGCCACUGAAACAUGAUGAUUACCAUGCUUUGUUGAGAUUCCUGAGAGCAAGAGAUUUCAACAUUGACAAAACCAUCCAGAUGUGGAAAGAAAUGCUUCAGUGGAGGAAAGAGAAUGGCGCGGACACCAUAUUGGAGGACUUCAAAUUUACAGAGCUGGAGGAAGUCUUACAAUGUUAUCCCCAAGGAUACCAUGGUGUUGACAAAGAAGGCAGACCUAUAUACAUUGAAAGGCUUGGGAGGGCCCACCCUGGCAAACUAAUGCGCAUCACUUCUAUUGAACGGUAUUUGAAAUAUCAUGUUCAGGAAUUUGAGAAGGUUAUAUAUGAGAAGUUCCCUGCUUGUUCUGUUUCUGCAAAGAGACGAAUAUGUUCUUCCACCACAAUUUUGGAUGUACAAGGCCUGGGGAUAAAGAAUUUCACCAAGACUGCUACCAGUUUACUGGCUUCCAUGACAAAGAUUGAUAAUAGUUACUACCCAGAGACUCUUCACUCUUUGUACAUUGUUAAUGCUGGAACUGGAUUCAAGAAGGUUCUCUGGCCUGCUGCACAGAAGUUUCUGGAUCCAAAAACUCUCUCUAAAAUCCAUGUUUUGGACCCCAAGUCUUCAGGAAAACUACUGGAAGCCAUUGAUCCAUGUCAAUUACCUGAGUUUUUGGGCGGAACAUGCUCUUGCAAUACUGAGGGAGGUUGCCUAAGAUCUAAUAAGGGUCCGUGGAAUGAUCCAGAGAUACAAAAGCUUAUGUUCAAUGCAGAACCAGCUCUUGUCGGGCAUAUUGCAAAAUCAGCAAGUGACUCAUAUAUUCAAAUCCGUUCACUGAAGGGUAAAUGCGGGGAUAUCUCUACUCUUGAAUCAUGGUCUGAUGGCGAUGAUCCUUUUUCUCCAACAAAACUAAAUAGCUCCGUGAAUACAAAACUGGCUUCUGUUCAUGAAGAAGGCAGAAGAUCAGAUGCACAUACCUAUAGCAGUUCCAGUGAGUAUUUUAGUGCAGUGGGCAGUGAUACAGAUGAUGAGUAUGGACAGGAUAAUGAGUCUAUGUAUAUGAACAGUGCAAGAAAUAAAGACGCUGAUGCCAAACCAAGUACCAUAAAGCAUAAGAUGAAAGUCGUGAAGAGAGGUUUGCAUUAUAUGUCCAGACCGUUGGUGUUUUUACUGGUCAAGCUUUCACUGUUAGUCCAAAAGGUACCUAUCGAAUAUUCGAAGAGACGGAGCAAUGUUAGUCCACCAAACGUACUAAGGAGUGACCCUGCACCAAAAACCAACCAUUACAUCCACGAGAGAGCUGUGAGAAGAGAGGAGAUGGUUCGUCCAUGCAUACAGCGUCUCCAAAGGCUUGAAAGUUUGCUGGAAGAACUCAACAGCAAACCAAGAGAAUUUCCAGCAGAGAAGGACCAAAUUCUUCAGCAAUCUCUUGAUAGAAUCAAGAACAUGGAGUGCGACCUUGAGAAAACAAAGAGGGUGUUGCACGCGACAGUGGUGAAGCAGCUCCAUAUAGCAGAGUUUCUGGAGAAUAUGCGAGAGUCCGAGUUUCAGAAACCGAGGUUUUUCUGUUAAGUGUUAAACGCGGGAGGAAUGCAGCUUCAGUUAUGAUUUCGUAUUCGGAGGAAUGCGGUUGGUCGUUGUUGACUGGACAGUGUAUACAUUUUAGUGUAAAAAAAAGGCAAUAGUUGAUCUAACCGUGCUCCGAUAAACUAGGUUAGGCUCUCUUUUCUCCAAAUAUAAUGUCGGUAAAGAAUAGAGCAAACAUGUAGAAAUGAAGCAGUUUUCAUCAAGAUGUAACUGCUCUGCUAAUAUUUAUACGAGGAAAGAUCCAUGCUUUUGCUUUA